AUGCCGGAUGAGCCGCGUCGCAUCAUUUUGGAGAAAUCCAAGACCGUUAAACGUCGGUACCAGCGCAGCAACCAACGAUUCCAGUUCACCGCAUCCCAGAUUGCACGGCUAGAUCGCGAGGAGGAGCGAGAAAAGAAAGCAAAGAAGCUACGCGAGAAGGAAAAGAAACGAAUUGCCAACAAGAAACGGAAGGCUGAGCAGGAGGCGCAGGCCCGUGAGGAGCGGAAGCGUCGCGGCAUCCCGGAUCCCCAUGCAGCACGCGUCCCAUCGAGUCAGCCACUGCUGUCAAUGUUCCUAGGGACCGGAAAGCAACAGUCACCUGCUGUACUGGAGCCUGCGCCUACAGUUACGGAUAUCGAAUCACAUGAUGACAAUCUGGGGAGCGAGGGCGGAGAUACAGAAGCUGAAUCGGAUGCCUUUGACGAUUUGGAUGAGGAAUUGGAGAAUGACCUAUCUGAGCUUCAAGAUGUAGUCAUCCUGCAAGAGCCUGAAGGCCAGGAUAUCGGCACCGCGACCAGUGCUUCAUUCAAGGAUGAUGAUGAGUUCUCGGACUGCUCAGCGUUCGACGACGAAGAAGUUAUGAAGAAAGCCGAGACGGCUGCUACCACGCUAGCGAUUGACGAAGAAACGAAGAAACCCUCUAUACCUAAUGAAUUACCCUACCCGCAACCUCCCAAGUUAGAAUCAUCUUUCGGGGAAUCUUUCCAGUACGACCCCGCCGAUUUCCUUGAAGCUGAAGCCGCUAUUAUUACACAAACAAAUAGUACUGGAACGAAAGACCAUUCUCCACCCAAGGAAACAUCCCUUUUACAGCCUCCUUUGUCUGAUCGACUGUGCAGUAGACCCACAUUGGCGUCCUCUUUUGGAGAUUCCUUUCGAGACGAGACUGCGGAUUGGAUUGAAGAAGCAUUUGCACAUGGAAGUGGCGACCCUUUUGACGAACUCAAUACAAACCACUCUCAAUGA